AUGGCCUCUUCUACCAACGCUUACACCUACCAAAAACCAUCCACCAUAGCCACCCGCUCCCUCGUCUCCGACACCAAACCAACCGAAACCCCCUCCACCUCCUCCAACGACGUCGACGUCCAAGGCAAACCCGUCCUGCAACGCCGCACCACCGACAACUAUGAGAAAGCCGCCGCGGCAGCGACCAAAGCCAACCAGAUCCCUGCCACCACUGCUGGGAGCGUCGCUGCUUCGACCCGGGGCACCGCAGCGGCAGCAGAGCUGGAAGAUGAGUGA